AUUAAAAAUAGUCGUCAUCAUUUUGAUAAUAUGAAAUAAAAUCAUCAUCAAGGACAAUGGGAAUUAUGUUGUUUGGUCGACAAUUUUUUUUUGUUUCAAAAAUAGAUUUUGUAUAUGGAUUACAAUCUUCAGAUAAAAAUCAGCGUCAAGAGUCACAACAUCUUCAUGAAAAGACAAAAAAAAGAGAAAAAAUCUUCAUGAUUUUUUUUCGUUUAUGUUUGGAAAGAUUUGACGCGAUAAAUAUCGAAAAUGAAUUACAUUCUGGACGUGGAAUCCCGUUUAUGGAAACGUUUUAUGCAAAAUUCAUAUUAUCGCCGAUUACAUAAUCAUAUAUUCUAUCUAUAUUAUUAUGAUGAUCGUAUUCGUCGAAAUUAUCGUCGACAACAAAUGGAUACGGCAACAAUCAAUUCAUCAUCGAAUGGAAGGAAGAAAAUGAAUGAUAAUGAUGAUUAUGAACAAUUGAAAUCGAUUGAUUAUAAUCAAAUUGAUUAUGAUAGCAAUGUACCGUUACGACGAUCAUUUUGGAAUUGUAUCGUACCAGGUAUAAUGUCAACGAUUCAAACACUCGGUGCUGGCCUUUAUGCUCUAUCACCAAGUUAUUUUCAACAAUACUCAUUUAUCGGUACAUUCGCUCGUUUCAAUCCACCAGAAGGUCGUGAAUAUUUUCUGACCGCAUGGGCAAUAUCGGCAUUUUCCGUCGUCAUCAUGAUGCUCUGUAUACCAACACGAGUACGACAAUUUCGUUUUGUUCGCAUACUUUUUUUGAAUAAUAAUGAUCGCCAUCGUUUAACAAAUGAAGAAUUUGAACAAUUUGAACGAUCACGUGAUCGUAUACUAUCGGCUGUUCGUAGUUUUAUGUGUGUGGUCAUUUUGAUUUUUCCAUUCGGUUUCAUACCGACGAUCAUACAGCUAGAAGCGUAUAAAAUUUCAAUGUUUUGGACAGUUUUCUGGUUCAUCAUAAUCAAUACAAAUAUCUGGUAUCUUUUCAUGACGCAAUAUUAUUUCCCAAUUUUCAUCGUUAUGAUUCAAUAUUAUUUCCGUAUGCGUUUACGUAAUCUACAGAAACGUUUGUUACGUUUACAGCAAUGUUUUCAUCGUUGCAACCAUCUGGAUUCGGAUUCUGGUGGCAAUGUUAGAUUGAAUCAGCAAGCAAAAAUCUGGCGUCGUCAAAUAAAUAAUGAAUUUCUACGUAUAAAUCGCCUUUAUGUUGAAUUGCGUCGUGAAAUUUAUUCAAAUAGUAAUCAAUUAAGACGAUUUGUUACGACAAUAUUCACUGAUCUUAGUAUGCAAUCAACAUAUCUUAUAUCGGUAGUUUUAUUCACUAAAAUAGCACCAGCAAUAACAUUGGUUAUAAUGCAAAUCACUACAGGUAUAACAACAAUGUUGUUAAUAUUUCUUUUUAGUUGUUCAAUGUUGGAAUUUGAAGAUCGUAAAUUUUUCAAUCAAAAACAAAAAUGUCUCAAUAUUGGCAAUGUAAAACGGAAUAUUUUUACCAGCAAAAAUUCUAUUAAGCUUGACACACCAAUCGAACAAACAGUUGGUUUUACAAUUAUACAUGAUAUUACUAUUAAUUCCGAGUUAUCCGUCACUGUUUUGGUUAAUAUUAGUACAUUUUUCUUUUUGCUUGCAUCACGAAUUCGUUGAUCAUUACAAGGCCAGAGAUGAGGACGACGUGAAGUAUUUUUGGCAUUACUAAAUAAUAACGGGACAAAAAAGAAUCAAUAAAAUAGAUUUGAAAAAAAAAUGAAAAAA